AUGUACGAAGAUGUAAAGUUACACAUUCUCAAAUCUUUUAAAUAUGCGAACUAUGACAACAUGGCUUUUUUAUCAUCUUUCUUAUAUUCAAAUGCAAGUAAUCAAUACAAAUUAUUACUUCCCAUAUCAUUGUAUUACACAGGAGAAUAUAACAGGUCUUUAUUUUUACUUUCUUCUUUAAAUACAGUAACUUCUGUUUAUUAUAAAUAUUUAUGUUACAAUAAGCUUAAAGAUUAUAAAAAGGCAUUAAUAUGUUUAACAAAAAUUAUUACAGAUGAUGUUGAUGAAGAUGACCUUGACUUGGAUAUUUUUCUAGUUAAUAAAGAAGAUAAAGAAUAUUUUUACAACGACAUGGCAUUAUUACUUACUCAAUUAUAUGAUAGAGAUGAAGCUAUAAGAUAUUUUAAAAUGAGCUAUAAUAUUUAUCCGAUAUUUACAACUAUUGAAAAUUUAAUUUAUGAAAAUAUUUUAACAACAUUUGAUCAUCAAGAUAUUUUAAUUAGAAAUAAAGAAAAUAUUAAAAAGACAAAUUUAGUCAGUACAUCAAGUCUUCAUGAGCUUAUCUCUGAUUUAAAUAAAAAUGAACAAAAUAUUGAAAAAUAUAAAAACUUUAUUCCUGGCAUAGGAUCAUAUGUUGUUGCAUUUUAUGCAAAAAGUCUUUUUGAGUUAGGACUCAUUGAUGAAAGUCGAAGGUUGUUUUAUAUUUUGCGUUCUAAAGAUCCGAAAUUUAUGUAUAAUAUGGAUUAUUUUAGUACAAUUUUAUGGUAUUCACAGGAUGUUACAGAAUUAGGUAUAUUGUGUAAAAACAUGAUAAUAGAUUCACCUAGCAGUUCUGUGACAUGGAAAGCUUUGGGUAAUUAUUAUAAUCACAUUAAUGAUUAUAAAAGAAGCUUUUUGUGUUUAAAAAGAAGUUCUUAUAUUUUAAAUGAACCUUAUACAUUAAAUUUAUUAGGAUUUGAAAGUGUAUACAAAAAUGAAUACACCGAAGCUUUAGAUUAUUUUAAAAAAAGUAAUUUGAUGUUAAAAAACAACUAUAAAUCUAUGUAUGGAUGUGCACUUGUUUAUGAUAAAAUGGAUAAUAAAUCUACAGCCGAUUUUUAUUUUAGAAAAUGUAUGUAUAACAAUCAACUUAAAGCCAUGGGAAUGAAGUUCUACAUUAAACAUGGAGAACUUGAUAUUGCACUUCAGAUUUACAAAGAUGCCAUGAAGUUUGAUUCAUCAGAUAUCAAUAUACUUGUACAACAAACAUUAAUUAAAAGGGGGACUUUUACAAAUGUCGAAGAAUUUUUAAUUUUAGAAUUUGUGGAAAUUCUAACAAAAUUAAAUUUGUUUGAAUUUGCAAAAAAUAUACUGAAUAUUAUCGAAUACCGUGGUGAAACAUAUUAUAAAAAAAAAGAAAUGGUAUAUGAAAAAAGACAUGAAUUUAUAUAA